UACAAAUUUUACCUUAACAAUGUCGGAAAGAAAAGUUUUAAACAAAUAUUACCCACCCGACUUUGACCCGUCGAAAAUCCCGCGGGUGAAGCUACCAAAGAAUCGGCAGUACACCGUUCGGUUGAUGGCUCCAUUCAAUAUGCGUUGCGUUACCUGUGGCGAGUACAUUUACAAGGGGAAGAAAUUCAACGCCCGCAAGGAGGAUGUGGAAAAUGAAGACUACCUUGGCAUCCGCAUAUAUCGAUUCUACAUCAAGUGCACCCGCUGUCUGCAAGAAAUUUCAUUCAAGACAGAUCCACGCAACACAGACUACGAGAUUGAGGCGGGUGCGACACGUAACUUUAUGGCCCUGAAGCUGGCCGAAGAGCAGGCCCGCCGGGAGGAGGAAGAAGCGCGCGAAGAGGAAGCGACCAAUCCGAUGAAGCUGCUCGAGAACCGCACGCAGCAGUCACGGAACGAGAUCGAGCUGCUGGAAUCGUUAGAAGAGUUGCGUGAUUUGAACCGCCGGCAGCAGGACAUCGAUUAUGACAGUAUGCUGCAGCAGUUUGAUCGUACGGAGAGUAUCCGCGAGCGAGAGGAACGGCAGGAGCGACAGGACGAGGAGUUUAUCAAGUCAGUGAAAUUCCAAACCAAAUCUGGUGUGAAGCGCGUUGCGACAGAAAUAAUUGUCGAAGAGGUCAAGGAAGAAGCCCCAGACGCAUCCACUUCAACGGUGGAAGGUAAUAAACCGAGCAGCUCUAAAUCCACCAUCGCCACUGCAUCGAUAGCCAGCACGGCCACCACCACCGGUCCAACUUUUACAAGCAGCAAGGCCCGCAAGCUGGACAAUAUUAGUAUCGGCGUGAAAAAGACAGCGCUGAACAAUUUGGUUGUAAAAAAGAAAGAAAUGCCACCACCGAAAGCGCCACCGCCAGUAUCAGUGCCGCUGGCGCCCGUAGUUUCGUCCGUAUCAUCACAGGACACGAAAGCUGCAGCGACGGGAAGUGUUGGUAUCGGAAGCUUAGGGCUGCUCGGUGCUUAUUCUGACAGUGACGAAGGCUCGGAUGAGAAUUAA